AUGUCUGGUCGUGGUAAGCAGGGUGGCAAAGCUCGUGCCAAAGCCAAGACCCGCUCUUCUCGGGCCGGCUUACAGUUUCCUGUGGGACGUGUACACCGUCUACUGCGUAAAGGCAAUUAUGCCGAGAGGGUUGGGGCCGGCGCCCCGGUGUACCUGGCGGCGGUGCUGGAGUACCUAACGGCCGAGAUUCUGGAGCUGGCGGGAAACGCGGCCCGCGACAAUAAGAAGACCCGCAUCAUUCCCCGCCACCUGCAAUUGGCUAUCCGGAACGACGAGGAGCUCAACAAGCUGCUGGGCAAAGUCACCAUCGCACAGGGCGGUGUCCUGCCCAACAUCCAGGCUGUACUGCUGCCCAAGAAGACUGAGAGUCACCACAAAGCGAAGUAAAGGUCAGAAACGCUGAAAACCAAAGGCUCUUUUCAGAGCCACCUAUAUUCUCCUAGAGAAAGCUGUCACACCACCUGUGUUUUUACUCUAAUAGUAAACAUGUUCGAUUCUCAGUGAACGUCUCCAAGUUCACCCAGUCACAUUCCCCAUUUGUAGGAGCUAGAAUCUGUAUAUCUAGAAACGAUUUACUUAAAUUCAGAACCCACCCAUAAGAACCUUCUCAGGGGUGUGUAGAAACUUUGGAAUCGUUAAAGAGAUGUGGAAAGAUGUUAGCAGUAUGUCGUCAUUGGAUUUGCAGUGAAACCAAACGAGUAAAACGACUUCAUAGCUCAAGUAGUCAUUAUAAUAGUUUAAAAUGAAUAGAUUCUGGAAAUGAGGGUCAUUUAGAAUAUAAUAGAUACUUUUCCUCGUGUUUCACCCUUCAUCUCAUCUUCACACUUGUUUUCCAGAUGGAGUCGUCAUGCAUUGUUUGUAGGAAA